AUGUUCCUGUGUGUGCUCGACUGGAAGAUGUCUGGAGCCUUCAUCACUGUGGAUGCAGUUUCGUGUGAGACUACCAUCUGUGUGACUCCCUUGGAGUUCCGCUCUGCUUCCGACUUCCGAGACCCUCUCUACUUGUCCUGCUGGCUGGAUCCGUCUGGCAGCAGGGCAGCAGCAAACCGGCCCAGCGACUUGCGCAUGCAUCCAAUGAUGCGCCGGCUUAAAGAUAGGCGCGCCGCCGCGCUGGCGUGCGCGGUGGACAACAAUACAAUUAUGUCAAGGAAAAGAAAAGUUGACUCUGAGUGCAGGAUAUUCAAAGAACAGUGGACCUAUGAUUACUUUUUCAUGCAGUGCAAGGAGAGAGCUGUUUGUCUGUUAUGCCAGGAUUCAGUGGCUGUGUUCAAGGAAUACAAUUUGCGUCGACACUACGAAACUAAACAUAAAGACAAAUAUGGUUGCUUGGUCGGACAAGGGAGAGAAGACAAGAUAUUAAAACUGAAACAUGGAUUGACAACUCAGCAAAAUGCAUUUGUGAAGCAGAAGGAGAUAAAUAUUUCAUCAUUGCGAGCAAGUUUUCAAGUUGCCAAGCUAAUAGCCCGCACUGGCAGACCAUUUGUGGAGGGAGAAUUUGUGAAAGAAUGUCUUCUUUCUGUUGCCAAAGAGAUGUGUCCAGAGAAGGCUGAUUUAUUUGGAACAGUGAGUCUUUCAGGACCUACAAUUACACGAAGGAUUGAAGAAAUGGGGGACAAUUUGCAUCAAAAGUUGCAAAACGCCUCAAAAAAAAUUUGCUAUUUUUCAUUGGCACUCGACGAAAGCAAUGAUGUCCGUGAUUCUGCACAGCUUCUAAUUUUCAUUCGUGCGACAAAUGAUCAUUUUGAAGUCACAGAGGAGCUUGCUGCACUGCAAAGCAUCAAAGGAACAACAACAGGAGAGGAUAUCUAUGAAAAGGUUUGCCAAACUAUGAAUGAUUUGGAGCUAGACUGGGCUAAACUAGCCAGUGUGACAACUGACGGUGCUCCUAGCAUGGUGGGGUCUAUGAAAGGAGUGGUGGGACGCAUUAACAAAGAAAUGGACCAACUCAACCAUUCACGUCCAAUAGCCAUACACUGCCUCAUCCACCAACAAGCGCUGUGUUGUAAAUCACUGAAGUGGGACUCUGUCAUGAAAGUUGUGGUGUCCUGUGUUAACUUCAUUAGGGCUCAUGCACUAAACCACAGACAGUUUCAGAUUUCGGAUUUUCUGCUUUCAAAAAACAAAGAAGUACCAGAGCUUAAAGAUGAAGAAUGGAAAUGGCACCUUGCUUUUCUGACAGAUGUAACAGAGCUACUCAACAGUUUCAAUGUGCAACUUCAAGGAAAGGGGAAGCUCAUCUGUGAUAUGCAUUCACAUGUGAAAGCAUUUGAAGUAAAAUUGGACCUCCUCAUUAAACUAGUGAAGGAGGAAAAUUUCUGCCAUCUCCCCUCUACUCAAAAGCUGUUAGCUGAGAAACCAACAGUUGCAUUCCCAAACAAAACAUGUGUGGAUUCACUGGAAAUGUUGCAAAGGGAGUUUCAAAAGAGAUUUAAAGAGCUUCAUCUCCAUGAACAGGACAUACAGCUUUUCCGGAACCCAUUUUCUGUUGAAAUUGAAGAUCCGAUUUACCAAAUGGAACUGGCCGAACUACAGAAUUGUGACUCUCUAAAAGACAUUUUCAAAGCAAGCAGCCUUACUAAUUUCUAUGCAUCUCUCCCCUUUGAGACAUAUCUUAAUCUCAGGAACCAUGCACUCAAAAUGGCAACCAUCUUUGGCAGCACCUAUGUCUGUGAACAGACUUUUUCCCGAAUGAAAAAUCUGAAAUCUCCAACCAGAUCCAGACUUACUGAUGCACACUUGCAUCACUUGUUACGACUUGCAGUGACAAACAUGGAACCGGAUAUUGAUUAUCUCAUCAGCCAAAAGCAGGCCCACACUUCCCAUUGA